GAUUCCGGUUUGCACCGGUUUUGUAAACCGUGUCUCCCCUCCGCUAUGGCGAGCGGCGCGACCGGCGUCCGUAACGAGCAGCUCUCCUCGUGGCUCGCCGCCGUGGCCGCCAAACCGGCCAUCUUCCGCCGUGCGCACGCCGUGCUCCUCACCUCUGGCCAUCUCUCCUCCCGCUACUCCGUCAACUGCCUCCUCCGCUCCGCCUCCACCCCCUCGUCCUGCGCCCUUCUCCUCCGGAUCCUCCUCAAUCACCGCCUCCUACCGGACCACCUGUCCCUCUCCUUCUCCCUCCACCCCUGCUCCCGCCUCCCCAGCCACCCCGUCGCCAGCGUCGUCCACUCCCUCGCCGCCAGGCUCGGCCACGCGCGCGACGUCUACGUCGUCAACGCCGCCGUCUCUGCCUACUUCGCGGCCGACGACGUCGCGUCCGCCGAGCGGCUCUUCUCGGAGACGUCGAAGGAUGUCGCCGACGUUGUUACGUGGACCGCGAUGGUCACCGGGCAUGCCAACGCCAGCGACGUCGAGCGGGCGAAGUGGUUCUUCGAGGCCAUGCCCGAGAAGAACGUGGUGUCGUGGAACGCGAUGCUGGGCGCGUACGCCCGCGCCGGGCUGCUGCCGAAGGCGCGGAAGCUAUUCGACCGAAUGCCCAGCAGGAACGCUGCUACGUGGAGCUCGAUGAUCACCGGCCUCGUGCAGUCCGACCAAUACGAGGAGGCCUUGAGGGUGUUCAGCGACAUGGUCGCGAGCGGCGUCGUGCCGAAUGAGCCGGCACUGGUGAGCGCCGUCUCGGCGUGCGCACAGCUGAGGUGGAUAGAGCACGGCGCGUGGGUCCACGAAUAUGCCGAGCGGGAGCUGAACGGGGCGAUGAGCGUCGUCCUUGCGACGGCGAUCAUAGACAUGUACGGCAAAUGUGGGAGUAUCCGUGAUGCCGUCAGGGUGUUCGCUGCAAUGCCAGUGAGGAACAUCUACUCGUGGAACUCAAUGAUCACCGGGCUUGCCAUGAAUGGUAGCGAGAGGCAGGCCUUAUCACUUUUCUGGAAGAUGCAGCUGGCUGGUGUUCGACCAAAUGACAUAACAUUCAUCGGUUUGCUGAGUGCUUGCAGCCACUCAGGUCUUGUAGACGAGGGCCGCUGGUUGUUCGAUAAGAUGGUAAAUCACUUUGGGAUCCAGCCAGUUCCAGAGCACUAUGGUCUCAUGGUUGACUUGCUUGGGCGGUCUGGCCAUGUCAGGGAGGCAGUGGAUUUCGUCAAGAACAUGCCUGUGGUUCCUCACCCUGGCCUAUGGGGUGCCCUUGCUGGGGCCUGCAAGAUCCAUGGCGAGGUGGAGCUCGGUGAGGAGAUUGCCAAAAAGCUCAUUGAGUUGGAGCCUCGGCAUGGCAGCCGGUACAUCCUCCUGUCAAACAUAUAUGCCACCUCAAACAGAUGGGACGACAUGGCCGAUGUGCGCAGGAUCCUGAAGGAUCGCAAGGUGCCCAAGGGCACAGGCAAUGCCAUAGUUGGAAAUGAUUCGCAGUCUUCAGAACAUGAGACCCAUUCUUGAUUAGUGCUUCUUUGGACUGAUAAGUGCAUUCGGUUUGACUUUGCACAAGAUGGGUGCGGUAUGAACCACAUUCAACUCGGAGGCAUCACUGGACUGAAAGGAGCCUCCUUGAGGAUAUAAAUUUUAUGGAGCAUUUGGAAAAUGCAUAACGGGAUAUACCUUCAGCAUUCUUUGUGGGUUAGUUGCAAGUGCCUGAAGAGGCACUCAGAUAAUGAAGAAAUGGUAUCAGUAAGCAGGAUACGCUAUUGGCAGUGAUAGAUCACUUUUCACUUCAUUGGGGUUUUCAAUAGUAGGGGGCAUGACACUCGGCACCACAAUUGCCUUGAUGAUGUAGUAGUGGAUUUUGAGAUUUGAGAAUUAGUGGAUAAAACUGUUGAUAGUAGCCUUGGUGCUAAUUCUGAUUCUCUGUUCCUGUUCCAGUACUCCAUUCAAUACUUGCAAUCAUUUUGGUUUAUUUUCUGGCAGGUAGCGGAUUAGAAAGGUAGAGGUGCUGCCACUGGCAUGAUCUUUAUGUGGUCAUUGGACUGAUACAGCGAGGUUUUGUUGUUGUACUUGAAACAUCAUGUUUCUGGUUUCAUUUUCAGUUAAAUGUUAAUGGUACAUGGGAGGCAGGGAGUCUAUAUGGAAUUGAAGAGCAGGUGUGUUAUAUGCAUGGAAUAUGAAGAAAAAAAAUCAACGAUAAGUUAUGAAGAAUUCAUGGUGUUAACAUAAUCUGGU